AUGAUGCCCGAGAGGCCUGGCAGGUGGAGCAAUGCCUCCCUGCCUUCCUCGCUAGGGCAGUGGCAAAGCUUAUCCACUUUGAACGAUGGCUUUGCUUGCAGUCCAUACGGACAAAGCACUGGAGCACGAACCCGUGCUGCCCCGGUGGUGUUUCCCGCACCGAGCCUCGCAUCGAUUGCAACACCCUCAGCUCCCACGACUUCUGCGGCCUCGCCGCAAACAGUGCCUAGCGCCCCAAGCAUCCCAAGCGCCAGCUGGACCCACUCCGCAUCCUCAGAUCUCGGCUCCAAAAAAGCCUCCAGCAGGCUCUCCCGGGGCUGGGGCCUCGGCCAGUUUGAAGCUCCAAGCAUGCUUCGCCAGAGCGCCACAACCAGGCCAGCUGCGCAGACGCCUGCCUCUCUGCCGUCUUUGCCACCUCCGCGUAUGCCUCCGGCUUGCGACUUGGAAAUCAGUCCGGAGACCAGGGGGUCCGAGCCGUACAUGCGACGAGUGCACGAGAUCUGCCAGCAGCUUCUGGAGCUCAUGCAAGCACACGGCAGAUUGCUGCAUCACGAGGAAAUAUCCCAGCUAGCUGCACUGCAGAACCGGCAGAAACUCCUCCUCGAAGAAGUAGAGAGCCACUUGAAGCAGCUCCAAAUACCUGAACGACAUGACCCACCACCUGCACUAUGCUCUGCUCUUGAGGCGAAAGUUGGUUUGGGCGGGCCCACGGCCAUGGCCGACGUCAGCUUCGCUGAGCCGCAGGCGCAGUGGGCGCAGUGGCGAUCGCAGCAGCCAUGGGCUCCCAGCCAUUCGGCCAGCCAUCCCAGCCAUCCCAGCCAUCCCAGCCCGCUCCGGGUGCUGGUGCUGGGCUCGAGCCUUCUCGGCCGCGAGAUCUUUCGUGAACUUGCGGAUGGAGGGUGGGAGGUUCAGGGAUUGUGUGAGAGGCCCGCGGGCGGUGCACGUGCACCUCGCCUUGGGCCACUGUGGGCUUUCGUUGACUUGGCAAGCGCCGGCGCGACCGAGCUGCAGAGCCAACUCCAGCGCAUCCAACCUCAGGCGAUUGUCAACUGCCACACCUCUGCGGCCCUCCUCGACCUCGAGGCACUGGAGUCGGAGUCACCCGAGAACGAUGCCCGGUCCCGGGACUGUUUGGCCUUUGCAGCUACCUUGGCGUCAGCUUGCGAGGCCUGGCGCAUCUUCCUUGUACACGUGAGUUCCAAUGCAGUCUUCGGGGGUGGGGCAGCCUCAGCCGGACAUCCAUCUCCGUCUCCGUCCGCGUCUUACACCGUGGACGCGGAGCCGCGCCCCUGCACACCACUUGGAUGGCGCAGCCUGGCAGCCGAGCAGGAGGUGUUGAGCCGCUGCGCGACCCAUGCUGCGGUGCUGCGUGUGCCGCUGCUCUACGGCCCCGUGCAGUCCCUCGAAGAGUGUGCGACCCGCCUGCUGCAAGACCUGAGACGGGGCCACUGUGAGUUCGACGAUUGGCAGCGCUGCCAUCCAACUCGGGCGGAGGAGGUCGCUUUCGUUGUCGCCAGUGUGCUGCAGUGCAUGGUGUGGGGGCCAUGGCAACAGCGGCCGCGGGGCAUUUACCACUGGCAGGGCAGCGACCCUCUAACAGAACUUGAAUUGGCCAAGCUGGUGGCCGAAGUUUCAGGGAUGGCGGUCUCUGUGAAGCCUUCCCCAAGCAAGUUACGGGACAACUGUACAUCAUGCUCCCUUGACUGCUCCAGGACUGCUCGCACGAUUGCUGUGCCCAGGACACUCCCAGUCCUGCAUGGAUUAAGGAUGUGCCUGCAGACCUCGCAGGCAUCGCGUAGCCCCAGCUCCAGCGAUCCAGCUGGCCUGACCCGGCGGACCGAGCAACAUGUCUAG